AUGGCUCCCGUUGCUGCUGCCCGUGGUCGCAAGGCCCAGAAGGUCACCCAGAAGUUCAUCAUCAACGCUUCGCAGCCCGCGAGCGACAAGAUCUUCGAUGUCUCUGCCUUCGAGAAGUUCCUCCACGACCGCAUCAAGGUCGAGGGCCGUGUCGGCAACCUCGGUGACAACGUCGCCAUCAACUCCAUUGGUGACGGCAAGGUCGAGGUUGUUGCUCACAUCCCCUUCUCCGGACGUUACCUCAAGUACCUCACCAAGAAGUACCUGAAGAAGCAGCAGCUCCGUGACUGGCUCCGUGUCGUCUCCACCUCCAAGGGUGUCUACGAGCUCCGCUUCUACAACGUCGUCAACGACGAGGCUGAGGAGGAUGAGGAAUAA